AUGACCAGCAGGCUACUCCCACCACACCAACGCACGCUCGGGUUUCUCCUCUGUCUCGUCCUCCUCAUCGCACUCGUAAACAUCAUCUUCACAGGGCUGACGCUAUACGAUGGACGCGUCACGUCCAAUGGCUUCCCGUCUGAGAUAUACAAAGCCGCGAUAAUAGUCUUGCUCGUCGCUGGAUUUUGGACCGUCCUUGUCGGGACGGUCAUGUUCAUCUUGGCUAUCGGUGCAGAUUUGGCAGCUGCUGGUGUAGUUACCGCACUCUUCUUCAGCACCUUUGGCUUGCUCUCGACGGGCCUUUGGAUUGUUUCCGGUCUCCUCAUCAAAAAGGCUCACCUCUCGAAUACCUCUGACACGUCUUCUGCGACUUGGACAUGUCCGCCUGGGCUUCGGUACCCAUGGGCUCGAUGUCGAUUCAUCGGCGAGAUGGAAAUUUUAUCCUACGUCCUCACGGGAUUGUGUGGUGCAUUCACGCUCUUGUGUAUCGCGUGGGUGAUUCGGAGGGUCAUUCUUCGGACGCGCCACCUACGCGUCUAA